AUGGCUCAUCGAUAUCCUUUCUUACACGAGAAUGCGCUGACUUUGAAAGGUGGUGGCUUCUGGCAGCCUGACGCGUCGACUCUGGCCAAACUACGACGCGACAUUGAUCGCAAACCGCACAAGAUCAAGGCCGUACUAACGGACUCUGGUAUUCGAGAAGCUUUCCUGGGUGGAGUCAAAGAUGACGAGAAGAAGGCUGUGAAGGCUUUCACGAGCUUGUCGAUGAAUCAGUCGAAUGCUCUGAAACGCAACCCAAAGGGAUAUGACCAUGACCACAAAGAUGUCGAACUCAUGCGGCUCCGCAACUACACCAUGGGGCGGAAGCUCGCAGACGAUGAAAUUGUUGGUUCUGGGGGCUUGGAGCGAGUGGGUGAACUCAUUGCCAGUAUGGUACCCUUUAUCACGUAUCUGAACAGCAUCGCGAUGCCCGACGACGACACGUCAGACUCGAGCGAGGACGAAGGAAGCGAUGCCGAGCCCGACGAUGACAGCAACGCCGCAGAGGAUGACGAGGCUUGA